AUGGGAAAGCUCAUCCCGGACGACGAGUUCGUUUCAAUUAUCCUCAUGUCGCUACCGGAAUCCUGGGAUUCAUUCACGAAUUCCUAUUUCGGAGCAGCAGGAGGGCAGUCCCAGUCUGGCAGUGGAACUCAGAUUACGUCGCAAGAUCUCAUCGCAGUCAUUCGCGAUGAGAACCGCCGCCGGAAGAGCCGAGAUGCCGAGCAGGCUGCCACAGGCACAUCGCAGACUCAAGCCCUCUUCACCCGGAAUGCGGAGCGGAAGAAGGGCAAGGGCGUGAUGAGACCAUGCAGCAUCUGCGGUCGGAAGAACCACAUCACGCGGGAUUGUAAAUUCCGCGGGCACCCCGAAAUGAAGUGCGGAAACUGCGGCAAAUGGGGGCACAAGACCUUGGAGUGCUACGCCCCCGGAGGAAUCUUAUCUGAUAAGGCACGAGAUGAGCCGCCGAAGAAGAAGUCGAAGUUCGAAGCGCGUGAGCGCAAUGAUCCGCAGAUCGCUGGAUCAAGCCGCGCCAAGAGAGAUCAGAAGAUUCAGAUGCUUCGUUUUAUGGUUGGUUUGCAGAUUCAGGAAGCACCUCCCACAUCACUUCUCGCCGUGAUGUUUUCCAGACCUAUGAGCCCUUAUGCAACCACUCAAUCUCCGGGAUAG